GCUGGUGAUGGAGGCGACCGCUGUCAGGGCCGGGUGGAGGUCCUGGACCAAAGCUACUGGGGCACCGUGUGUGAUGACAGCUGGGACGCCCAGGACACAGAUGUCGUCUGUCAGCAGCUCGGCUGUGGCCAUUCAGUGUCAGCCCUGGGCGGGGCCCACUUUGGUCAGGGCUCAGGGAAUAUUCUCCUGGGUGCAGUGUACCGCUCGGGAUGGGAGCCUUACCUGUCAAGCUGCCCCCACAGCAGGUGGUACAACCAUGAAUGUGGCCACAGGGAAGAUGCUGGAGUCGUGUGCUCAGUUUCCUUGAUUUCCACGGAGGCACCACCGACAGCUGCUGUGGAAGGGACUACUAUAACAAGCACUGAGACUCCGGCUGCAGUCGGAAAUGGAUAGUUUCAUAUGCGGACCGAAUCGGGUUCGGACCUGAGGCUGGUGAACGGAGGUGACCCGUGUCAGGGCCGGGUGGAGGUCCUGUACCGAAGCUGGUGGGGCACUGUGUGUGAUGACGACUGGGACAACAAUGAUGCCAACGUGGUGUGCAGGCAGCUGGACUGUGGCCGGGCCAUGUCGGCCCCGGGAAGUGCCCACUUCGGUGAGGGCUCAGGGUAUAUUUUUCUGGACGACGUGCGCUGCUCAGGAUACAAGUCCAACCUGUGGAGCCGUGCCCACAACGACUGGAACAGCCACAACUGUGGUCACCACGAGGAUGCCGGUGUCAUCUGUUCGGUGGCCCUCACAGGGUACUUCUCCCUAUUUGGGCCUCCUGAGACCCCAGCUGCACAUGUGGAAUGUGCCUUAGGCCCAGGUCCUCAAGCCAGACACAGAGGAGGUGUUCUUGUGCUCCCCCUAGGGACCGAAUCAGGUUUGGCCCUGAGGCUGGUGAACGGAGGUGACCGGUGUCAGGGCCGGGUGGAGGUCCUGUACCGAGGCUCGUGGGGCACCGUGUGCGACGACGACUGGGACACCAACGAUGCCAACGUGGUGUGCCGGCAGCUGGGCUGUGGCUGGGCCACGUCAGCCCCAGGAAGUGCCCACUUCGGUCAGGGCUCGGGGCCAAUUGUCCUGGACGACGUGCGCUGCUCAGGCCACGAGUCCUACCUGUGGAGCUGCGCCCACAACGGCUGGAACAGCCACAACUGUGGUCACGACGAGGAUGCCGGUGUCGUCUGCUCAGCUGUUCAGCCCCCAACCACAGCCCUGCCGACCCCCUGGCCCAUAACAACCUGAGAUGUGGCAUCGCCAUUGGGACCCUCUUCAAAUUGUGGUGGCUUCUUAUUCCAUGCCAGUGGGACAUUUUCCAGCCCGUCCUAUCCUGGAUAUUACCCCAACAACGCGGAGUGUGUCUGGGAGAUAGACGUGAACUCUAGCUAUCGCAUAAACCUGGGCUUCAACCAUCUGCA